ACUCUGACCUUUUGACGUCAUUUUGAGCAGAGCGCGCGAGGAUCAAACUCAAACUAGCAGCAGGCAGGCAAGUUGGGCUCCCCCCAAAAAGUGUGUUUAUCCCCGAUGGCCACCAAAGUUUUAUCACGUUUGGAAGAGUUUUUUAAUACACUGAGGGCCUUUCAAGAGGAUAAAAACAAUGACUCGUGCACUUAUGAGGAUGAGAUCCGAAUAUGGAAGAAGGAUGGAAAGGAGAUUCCAGCGCUGAGUUUAGACUCCGGGGACCAGGAAAUCUUUAUUUGUGAAAAAACGGUUCCUAAACUGAAUGACUCCGAUGAAGAGUUGUCGCUUGAGAUGUCAAACGGCUCUGCUGGCGAUGUUUUGACUGCGCUUCAACCGGAAUUGGCACCACAGCCUCUCACCAUCGGAAAAGCAAGGCAGCUCCUCUCUUUGUACACAUUAUCUCAAAAUGCCAACAUUCAUUCUGUGGAUGAUCCUGCCCUGCGCCCUUUGUGGGUACGAUGUGACAUGUCAGAUCCGGCUCGUACAAUCUGGUUUGGAGCUGAGGGUGUCUGUGCGGCCAGUAAAGUUUGUGGUGUAAAAUUAUACUCUGUCACGUACACAGGCCCUGUUGUGAACAAAAGUGCACUCAUAACUUUAGAUGAACUAAAACGAGAACAUAAGAAAAGGCACCACCCAUCCACGAUGGUAAUUAAAGGAAGUGCCCACUUCGUCAUGUUUGGUUCUACUGUUGUUGAAAACACUAUAAUUGAAUCACAAAGUAGCAUGACAGUGGAUUUCAAGUGGAGCCGCGUUGACCGUGUCCUUGAGACACCCCCGCUCUCUUCUACAGCCACACUAAAUAUCAGAGUUGCUAGCGGAGAUAUGAGGAGCCCAAUGUUUGAAAUGUUCAAGGAGCUGCAGUUUCUUCAGGUUCUUGCUGAUGGCUUGAGAACAAGUGAGAUGGAGUGGUUGGAUCCUUUGGAAAGCAAGUCAACAGUGGAUCUGACCAAGGAAUACCUUGAAGAGCUGCAGAGUCCCAUGAGGUUGCAACAGGAGCAGGCUUCAAAGCCAGCAGAGAGAAACCCUGAAAGCGACCCUCCACUUUAUAAGUCUUUUCUGGAACGAGGCGAUUUGGAUUUUGUGGAGCAGCUGUGGGUUCUCAUGCGAAAGAGUGUGACAUGCUAUCAAGACAUUGGAGACAGUCUGAAAUUGGUCAUGGAGGCCCUGACUUAUGGUUACAUCAAGCCUUGGAUUCACAGAGACAAUAGCAGCUCUCUCAGCAAACUCAUCCUGCAGUCCUACCACCAGAAGAUCGAGCAUGUAUCGCUUACAGGGGUCACGCCUGUCCAGAUGUUGUUAGAAAUGGGCUUAGACAAGAUGAGGAAAGAUUACUUCAACUACCUCAUUGGGGAGGAACUGACAACGCCAAAUAACUUGUGUUAUUACCUGAGCACAGAAGUUGAUCUUCAGGAACAGUUUAUCCGACUGAAGAAACUGCACCAUCUGCUGGAAAUAGUUGUGACCUGCAGCACAUUCCUGGGUUUGCCCUACGACAAACUCUUCCUCCUUACAAACUUGUGUUUACAGCACUACAAAACAUCCCCCUAUAAUGAGAACCAUGAGUUCAAACUGCAAAUCCAACCGGCAUUGAUCAGUCAUUUCUACCAGAAAGAAUAUCCAGCAGUGUGGGAAGUGGAAGUGUCAAGUGGGCAAGGGCCUCACAAGGUCAUGACAUCCUUGAAAGUCAGUGACAGACCAUUGGUUGAUCACGUCAUCUCAGAAGCUGAUUAUUCAAAUAAAAAAGGGAACGAUGACAGCAUAGAACCUGUCUGGUUCUCCACCUUGGUGAGCUGCAGCCUUGUCAACGUUGCCUGAAUGUAACAGCAUACUGAUAUAAAAGGUGUUUAGUUUUGUUAAGUUGCACCACAAACCUCACAGGAGAUAUUUUUGUUUCUUGUAGUCCUACAACCAAAGCAACACAAUGUGGCUAUUUCACAGCAAUGUUUUAAUGAGAAAAUUCAAAAUGUUGCAACUUUUUUUUUUUGUUAUCGCAAACACUGUUUCCACAUCAAAUAGAAAUUCAGUCAAAGUUAAGUUUUGAUGUUAACACACAAUCCAUUAAAUAUCUGAUACACUUC